UUAUUUAUUUAAAGUUUACACCCACCCACAAUCUCACGGAGAGAAACACUUGACCUGGUUGAUUUUCAGAAACAAUUUUCUCCUCUCAAUUUCUUUUUAUUUCCCGAAAUUUUUUCUUUUCACCGCCGAUUUUCUUCAUCAGUUAAUUCCCGCUAAUUUGUCUUCACCGUCUAUACACGGCACAACCUCUAUCUGGGCUAGCUUACCUGAUUCAGAUCCCUUCUUGUUUUUUCACGCAAAAUAUCUUCUAAAUAUCAACAAAGAUUCGGAUUGUUUGUUGCUUUAUCGUAACUUUUUCCUUUCUUCUCAGUUUUUCUUGAAUUUGUGAGAAUGGAUGAGUUCGGUGUGUUAACAGAGCGUUUUGGUCUGAAGCCGCAAGGCAAAUCUGCUCCAAUGGCCGCCUCAAAACGAUCCGCCGUACCCUCCACGAGCGGCAUGACCCGAAAAUUUUCAUCCGAUUCGGGUCUGAACACAAAACCCUCUUCAUACGAUUGGAAUUCCUUUACUGGGGGGUUUCCUGAUGGCAUUCACCUGAAGUCAAACACCGACAACAACAGUUUUAGCACCUUCGACAACGACGUUUUUGGCCAAUUUCAAAACUCGACGAGUAAAUCAAGUAAUGUAUCUUCGGUUGAUUACGAUUCCAUAUUCAAGGUAUCAAGUAAUUCCGGUCCGAAAUCUUAUGCGUAUGAUGAUGAUGUUUUUGAGCUGAAUAAGAACAAAAACGAUGACGUUUUUGGCUCUUUUGUUUCGCCACCAAAGCAGAAUGACUUAACUGAUGAUUUGUUGGGCGGUGGGUUUGGUGGAGCUGAACUGAGAUCCAAUAAAUCGAAGCAAAAUGUGGGUGAUUUUGAUGAUUUGAUACCUGGGUUUGGUGUCAGUAGUUCUCCAAAUAACGGAACAAAUGCAGGGGCCUCCAAAUCAGCCUUCAUGUCAGCAGAUGACCCUUUCUUCGUAUUGGAAAGAACUUCAACUGCAGUGUACAAUUCCUCAGAUUCAUUCACAGACCCACUGGAAGAGCUCGGUAAGCUCACUCAAUCUGGAGGCAGGAAGCCUGGUGUUUCAUCACGAAAAGUAUCACCAAUAUUGAAUCCCCCUCCAAGACCAUCUCAAGUUUUGAAGACAGAUCAAGGCGUAUCUUCAAUUGAUGAACUUGAAGAUUUUGCCAUGGCUAGGGUGCGAAAUAGUGCUGGUGGAAUCUCAAGUGUACGUAAUGCUAAGGAAAGCAAGGAUCAACAUAGUGCCAAAGCGAAUAAAUUUAAGGAAGCUGAAGGUGCUGCACGAAAAAACCAAAAAAAGAGUGAGGAUGAUCUGGAAUCCUUUUUUAGCAUGGGUUCUCGAUCAAGUAGUGCACCAAGGUCAAGGCCUACAACUUUGGACCCUGUCUUUGAUACAAAAAUUAACAGGAGAGGGCCUGAUGUGGCGCAGAGGACAUCUUCUGGGAGAUCCCCUACCGUAAAGAAGGCUUCUUCUGCAACAAAUUUGGUUGAUGACUUCUCUUCAUUGUUUGGUGCUGCCCCAUUGUUUGGAGAGUUUGAGGAAUAUGAAGGGGAAACAGAAGAAAGACGAAGAGCCAGAUUGGGACGUCACCAAAGGACCAAUGACCGUGUGGCUAAAGCAGUUGCUGAUAUGAACCAGCGUGACCUUCGAACUCAGAAGGAACAAGAAGAGAGGAGUAUGAUCGCUGAUGUGUUGGAUGUUGAGAUAAAGCGCUGGGCUGCAGGGAAAGAGGGCAAUAUGCGUGCACUAUUAUCAUCGUUGCAAUAUGUCCUUUGGCCAGAAUGUGGUUGGGAGCCAGUUUCACUAACAGAUCUCAUUACUUCUAACUCAGUUAAAAAAGUUUAUAGAAAGGCAACAUUAUGUGUUCAUCCUGAUAAGGUUCAACAGAAAGGUGCUACUAUUCAACAAAAAUAUACUGCAGAGAAGGUUUUUGAUAUUCUCAAGGAAGCGUGGAACAAGUUCAAUAAGGAAGAGCUUUCUUGAAAACUUUUCAUAAUACAAACAUCUGUGUACCAAGCCACAGCCGCAACCUCAUUAUCUGGCAGUUAGUUAUACUACCCAUUUGGGACACAUCUGCAAGUCCUGUAAUUGCUUGUGAAGCAAUGAACUCAACAUGAAUUUGUCUUCUGCGAAAAGUGAGAAAAGUUUCAUUCGAUGCCCACGAGACACGUAGUAAAGAAAACUAUCUUUAUUUGUUAGUGAUGAUGUAAAUGAUUCUGCAUCAUAGAAUUAUCAUGUUUCCUAAACAUACACAGAAUAUCAGAAAGCAACUUCCAUCGGAAAAAUAUUUGAAUAGCCA